CCUCAUCGCACUCCGUGAGACCGAUGUCAGUACAUAGCAUGGAGCCACAGGAAUGACUGCCUGGUUACAAUUAUGCCCAGGCGGUGUUCCUUCCAAGUCCUUUUAUUUGACCAUUAAACACUUUCAGUGACUGAAUACGACUCAGUCUUCUUCCCGAGAGUCGAGACCAAUCGCCGAUCGGUCGGAUCUGAGAGUCGAAAUCUCAUUCCGUCCUGCAUGUGCCACAAGUGGUACAGAUUAACGUUAACCUCGACCCACCUUAGACCCCCUAUAACUUGGAUGUGCAGGGGAAGACCAAGGAAUUGUGCAGCUACUGCUCCUCCUCUCAAGAAAGCGUGCACGGCUUCGAGGUGUGCAAAAUGUUUGCAAGGCGGCCAACCUCGUAACCGUAAGCGUUGUACCAUAAGGAGGUGCAAAUGUGCAUGUCCGCGAUAUAUUAAUAUAGAUGAAGCUACUGCUAGUCAAACUCCUGCGAUUCCUGCAGCUGCUCACUGCCAAGUUCGACCUCCAAAUCCCGCAACUGCGCACAGUGCUCCACUCCGGGAGGGAAUACGCCUUGCCUCACCCUCGGACGCCACGUGGAUCAAAGCACGUGUAACUGCGUGGGUCAAAGCACUAAAUCACCUCACCAAGCAGGUUUUUUCACGUCAUCUACAUGACAUGAUGAUUUUCAACAUGCAGCUCGUGAGUCAUGAACUACUCAAGUACUUACGAAGUCACGGAAUUUAUGUCCACGAUUCACUAAGAUCGUGUAUCGCAAGGUGUUUGUUGGCACUAGUAUAUAUAGAAUCUCCAAGUGGACCCCCCGCAUGUGUGAUAUGUAGGGGACCAACGUUCAACCUCGAUUGAGAUAUUGAAGCAGAAUAGUGAGAGUACUACUAUUGCUGAUACACUUUAUAUCACUGCUCGCGGUGUAACGCAAGUGAGAAUGGCAG